GCUUCUGACGUGGUGCCUAGAGCGCAUGAAGAAUGCACAUAUCCAAAAAGCCCAGCUUUUCAUCUCGGGCUUUUGUCAGCACUUGCUCUAGCGCUGGCUCAGGCUAUUAUAAACUUUUUUGCUGGGUGCAUUUGCUGCAGGAGAAAUCUAAGCCGCUUCAACACUAACUGGAAUGUAGCACUGAUAUCUUUUGCUGUCUCUUGGUUCAGUUUUGUUAUAGCAUUCCUUCUACUACUGGCCAGUGCCGCAUUGAAUGACAAGAGAGGGAUGGAGGACAUCUACUUCGGCAAAAACUGCUAUGUUCUGAGUGCCGGAGUCUUCUCUGGUGGUGCCGUUCUUUCUCUUCUAAGCGUAUCUCUUGGAAUUAUAUACUUUGCAGCUCUCCAUUCACCCAAGAGCUUCAAUCCCUGCUGGCCGCGGCGCCAGCAAAAUCACGGCAUCGCUUUAGGGCAACCGCAGAUCCCUCGGCAGAGCGACGAACCGGUCUUCGUGCACGAAGAUACUUACAACAGGCAGAGAAUUCCUUGAGACGGUUCUUAUAAACUUCCAACAAGUUCUUUCAUCAUUUUUUUUUUCCUCAAAAAGUUUUUCCUUCAUUAUUAGAUACUUACACAGGGCUGGAAGAUUUGAUUGAUUUUUUAAAUUUUUAGAAAGAUUUUUGCAAUUAGAGCUGUCAAAACGGCUCGUUGUUCACAAACAGCUAAGUUAACCAGUGGAUUUGUUUGUUCGUG